AUGAAGCGUUCGCCUGUGGAGAGGACAAGACGGCGGCGGCGGCGACGGACUGAGUGACUGACUGACGGGAGUGAGUCUCCCAGCGCACACGUCCUGAGGCGGGGAAAGCAGCUGGGAGGGGGCUUUGCUUCUCGCUGACGGUAACGAGCAGCCGGAGCCAUGCACUGGGGCGCGGAACUUUGGGAUCAAUUUGACAAUAUAGAGAAACACACACAAUGGGGAAUUGAUUUCUUUGAAAAAUAUACGAAGUUUGUUAAAGAGCGACUUGACAUAGAGCAAAGCUAUGCAAAACAAUUAAGGAACCUUGUUAAGAAGUAUGGACCAAAACGUUCCAGCAAAGAUGAAGAACCCAGGUUUUCCUAUUGCCAUUCGUUCUUCCAAGUCCUCAAUGAACUCAAUGACUAUGCAGGCCAGCGUGAAGUUGUUGCUGAAGAAAUAGGGCACAGAGUCUAUGGAGAGCUUGUUAGAUAUACUCAUGAUCUGAAAAUGGAAAGGAAAACACAUCUUCAAGAAGGACGUAAAGCCCAGCAGUAUUUGGAUAUGUGCUGGAAACAGAUGGAUAAUAGUAAAAAGAAGUUUGAGAGAGAAUGCAAAGAGACUGAAAAGGCACAAAUAGGUUACGAAAAACUAGACUCCGACCACAACGCAACAAAAGCAGAUGUCGAGAAGGCAAAACAACAAUUAAACCUACGAACCCACAUGGCUGACGACAGUAAAAAUGAAUAUGCUGCUCAACUGCAAACCUUUAACAGUGAGCAACAGAAACAUUUCCAAUUCAUUAUGCCGCAAAUUUUUAAGAAUCUACAAGAUAUGGAUGAGCGAAGGAUUGUAAAGCUGAGCGAGUGUUAUAGAGGAUUUGCAGAAGCCGAGCGCAGAGUUGUUCCAAUUAUUAAUAAAUGUUUGGAAGGAAUGAUCAGCGCUGCAAAGUCUGUGGAUGAUCGGAAAGACUCCUUGAUAGUAGUGGAAUCCUUUAAGUCGGGUUUUGAACCACCUGGAGACUUUCCGUUUGAAGACUUUAGUCAGAAUAUUUAUAGGACAGUAUCAGAUGGCAGUCUGAGUGCAAAUAAACAAGAGAUGAAGGGAGACCAAAAAUAUACAACAGGAAAAAGCAAAGGAAAACUAUGGCUUUUUGGCAAGAAAAACAAGUCUCCUAGAUUUUCCAGGGAUCCACUGUCUUACUGUAUGAAUGAAAUAAAGACAGUGAAACCCCGAAUUCCUUCUUUCAAGGAUUUCAAAAGAGGGCUUUCAAUAAGGCUGGGCGCUAUAUCAGAAGACUUUAGUCACCUGCCACCAGAACAGAGGCGCAAGAAGCUUCAGCAAAGGAUUGACGAGCUUAACAAGGAAUAUCAGAAGGAAAUUGACCAAAGAGAUGCCUUAAACAAAAUGAAAGAUGUUUACGAACGAAAUCCCCAGAUGGGUGAUUCUGGUAGUUUGCACCCAAAGAUAUCAGAGACCAUGAGCAACAUUGACAGACUACGUUAUGAGAUUCAAAAGAACGAGGCAUGGAUUGCUGAGGUUGAAAAAACGUGUGGAAGGGGAGAUAGACGAUUAAGUGGUGGUGCUGCGUUUGAACGUCCCAUUGAAACUAACCAUCAUGGAACACCUGGGCGAGAGAGCCCUGAUGGGAGCUAUACCGAUGAUCCAAGCCAAGAGCAGAAAGCACACCACAGAUAUCCUGAACCACGCCGUUCUGUUGAAUUUGAUGAUGAAUUUGAAGAUGACGAGCCUUUACCUGCUAUUGGCCACUGCAAAUCUUUGUACCCAUUUGAUGGUCAAAAUGAAGGGACAUUAUCAAUGAACGAAGGAGAGGUAUUGUAUGUCAUUGAAGAAGAUAAAGGUGAUGGCUGGACAAGGGCACGGAAGCAGAAUGGACAAGAAGGCUAUGUGCCAACAUCAUAUGUAGAUAUUACUCUAGAGAGAAACAGUAAAGGUGCAGUGACCUACAUAUAAAUAUUGCUGCUGAAAUCCCGUUAUAGUCGGGGAAAAUUGAAAUAAUUUAAAAUUAAAGGAAUAGUGAGGAACAGUGUAUGAAUUCUUAUACAUUGUUCCUAUUACAUAAUUCUUUGUUCACCAUGUGAGCUGAGCUAAUUAAUGUUUUAAGUUUAAUUUUGUGCAUGAAUGCAGAUCCUGAGUUAUAACAUGACAUAGUAUUUGGAAACUGUUAAACUAGAAUUGUUACAUGGUCAAUCCUUUCUGUUAUUCCUGUUGCCUUAAACUUUGUAAAUAUGUAUAUAAGUGAAGGGUCUUGGUAUUUUCUACUUUUUUUAAUUGAUUAUUAAAGCAAAGGGUUUGGGAAUUUUUAUUAGAAUAUAAUCUUUUAGCUUUAGAAGUAUGAGGAUUUAUAAACAAACGGUCCUUUUCUUUAUUUGUUACUUUUAAGCAAAACAUUUUUAUAAGCGAUCCAAAAGAAAUAACUUUUGAGUAUUGACACUGAAGAGGCCCAUUAAAGUGUUCAUUAGAUUCCUGUUUCAUUCUUUUAAAAAUGGAACUUAACCUGUAUUUUACUGUGCUAUUAAUGCUUGAUAAUUAUUUUGCGAGUUAUCAAAAUGAAACCCUGAUUACAGUUGAUCUAAUGUAACACCUUUCAAAGCACGUGUGAAAUUUUGUCGUUCUUUUGGGAUUAUGUGGUUAAGGAGUUCAACCUAAAACUUGAGAGUUUUUCCUGUUACCUUUUUUUAAAAAUUAAUUAUCUUUUGUUUGUCCCAACUGAAUGUAGUAAUGGUGCUUUCUUUCUUUUUCCCUGGACUACAGGUUCCUGAAUUGGUCUUUGGGUUCUUGAAACUUUGGGCGAGGCAUUGAAGGAGGUUGCAUGCAGCUGUUUUCUGGGGUGGGGGAAAAGCGCAAUUGCUAAGAGAUUGAGGCUGGUAGAUGAGGAGGGAGGAGGAAACUGCAUGUAUAUAAUGGUUGAUUUUGCCACUAACACAAUUAACACCAUUCUAAGUAAGUUAAUAUGGUACCCCAGUGAAUCGACAGUACAGUAUUUCACGCCGUUAUCAAUGCCAAAGGUUAAUCUACCCCGGUGAAGUAGUUGCAGAUUGGCUUCACUAUCAGAUGGUAUUUUAAAAACAUAGUCUGCCUGUGCCAUCCUACAUGCUCGCCCUAACGUGCUGUUGCAUGCUUUUGUAAAUCACACUAAAUAUUGACUUUAGAGAUGUCUAGACUGUACAGUGGUUGGCCUGUUUUGUUGAUGUGCAAUCCCUAUUUAUCAUAAUCCCUUCUAAACAGUUUAUCACAUUUGUAGUUCCAUCCCAUUUUUCAUUUGUGCUGCUCUCACUACUGCAUGGAAAUAGUGGCGUGUUGAUUGCCAGUGUUGAAGAGCUCUGACAAAACAGUAGCGGCAACUUUUCAUUGUUAGUGUGCAGUUUAUGGAUUCUCCUCCCUCCUUGCUGUGGCCUGCAUUUUUUUUUUGGUUCGCAAAUUGGAUUAAUCAUUGAUGACGAAGGGUCAAUGGAAACGCAACUGAAAAACAGCACAUGGCUUCGGGAGAAAACAAAGUGGCCCACUGUGAAGAGAGACAAUUGGGCAGAAACCGUGUGAGAUGUACGUCACGAACUCCUUGAAGACAAACUAGCCACUUAUUUUACCACUAUCUCUCAGUACAGCUGCUGCCUUAAAUCAACUAUUUUACAGAAGAGUGCCUAAAUCUGCUGACUGCCAUUGUUUCCAAUAGUAUCACAAAAGGCUUACAUUUGUUGCAAGCUUAAUUGACAUCAAGUUUGAUUGACUUGUACAUGCUCUCAGUACUCAAGCUACUGAUGUAGUCAUUCCUAAUAUACAAAUGUAUUAUAAUAAGGUACCAGAGGAAGUGUGCAACUAAUCUUUCAGUCAAUAUUUAUAUUGUUUUUACUAAAGAUUUGUAUCGGUUUACUAAAUUGAUUUGAAAUGAAUGUUUUUUUAAUUAGAGAUUGUAAUAUUUUUUAUUCUGGUCAACUCUUAGGAAUAACUUUUUAGUUUAUGCAAAGCUCUGGUGUACUCAGAACGAACGGCGCAGAUGUUGUCAUCUGGAAUGGCCACAAGUCAACGUGUGGAUUUAUUGGCUCUCGUGGAUAAUCUAACCCAUACGCACUUUGAUCUAUUUGAGUAACAACAUAUGUGUAGAUAUUAUAUUCUCCAGGAUACUCCAGACUGCUUGAAAAGCAAACUUUGUUCUUCUGCUGAAGUCCAUUGUCAACCUGUGAUCUGAACUGUAAUAAAUGUAUAAUCUCUGUUCAGUUCAAAUCCAACAACCAAGAUGUAUUCCUCAAAUUUGAUUUUUCAAUUUGGGGCUACUUGAAAUAAGUUUCUUGAAAUGAAUGGGGGGGGGGGGGGGGGUGAAACAUUUUCUCAGCAAUACCUUUUAAAUGAAAUAAAGGAUUCUGUGGUUUGGAGUCCAGUUUAAUUAAUGCUGGGAAGAAGCCCAUUGUCACUCAGAAAAGGUGAAUGUUAUGUACAUUUAAGCAGUUGUGAAGACUGCGGAAAUAUGAUUUAGUGCUGUGUUAGCCACUAAGUUUGUAUUGAAAUUACAAAUGUGAAACUAUCUUCUGAAUAGAAAAGUGUAUAAUUUGCUGGAAAUCGAUUUACCUUUAAACUUCUAUCAAACAAUAUUUUACAUUGUUUCUGGACCAAAUUGCACAUGUCAACCACACAAAACAUUAUCUGAAUAUUACCUGACAGCCACAAUGGUUAACAAGACCAUUGUUUUUUAGCCAAUAAAUAUGAGCAGCCUUUUCAUUGCAUUAAAAACAGGAAGACAUUGUGCAGCAGAAAAUUAGUCUUCCUAUUGAAUUGAGUUCCUGGAAAAUAACUAUGAAUUUAAUGGCAGAUUGUAGACAAAAAAAUUCAGCUGUGAUAACCUUGAAACAUCAAGGAAAGCUUUGUUUAAAUAAAUUUCAACAGCUGUAUUUUUUUUUAAACCAUAAAGUCUACACGUUUCCUUGUGUUAAGUAUGUAUAUUUUUUAAAGGUUCGUCAGAUUGGUAGAUUAAUUCUCUGCAACUUGGUGGCACAUAAUUUUUUUAAUUGUACAUUAAACCACUGAAAAUAUUGGCAAUGGUACUCAAUCUCCCAAAUAGGCACUGUAUAAUCUGAGUUGUCUUAAUUUAUAUCACAAAUUGACUGUGAAAGUGCUAGAAUGUACUAGAAAAUAUAUACUCUUCCAUAGCUGUAAAUCUGCGGUUAGGUGACUGGAACAAAUUGUUAGCCAGUUUGUAAUGUUGUAAUGCUUCUGCUUCGUAUGUCAUUUUAGAUGCUGCUUUCUUGUGAGUAAAAUUACAAAUAUGAGUAAAGAGGCGAACAAUUGAAGGAGGGUUUUCUUCUUGCACAUUAUCUUAUAUAUAAAAGAAAGUUCAAGUUGUAUACAGUGUGAGGAUCUGGUUUAAAUUGUCACUGAUCAGUCGUCAGGCAAAGUAGAAUGUAGAGUGAAAAGCAGUCAAGGUUUUGAAUUAAUGACCUUUAUGCACAUGUUAAUUUUUGAUUGUCUUUUUUAAGAAAAAUUGUUAAGAUGCUGUUUAAAAUACUUUUUUUGUUGAGAACUGUUAAAUAAAUUAAUGUA